AUGUUUUUGAAGAGCUCCCGCUUUGGAGAAGAGGAGGCAGCCCGCAAGGCCAAGGGCAAAGCCAAGGAUGUCCACAAAUCGGUAAAGUCCCCCGAGAAGGAAGGACGACCGGCCGACGCCGGUGAUGCUCGCGGCCGCGCGGUGUCCACUCGCACGACCCCGAGAAGUGGCAAAGAGCGAGUGACGUCGCCAACGGCCGUCACUCGCGAGGCGCACCACCAGAAGGACGUCAAGACUAAGGAGCAGGCGAGUGCAGUCUUCCUGACGCGUUUGCAGCCCUGA